GGAGACUUGUGCCAGCCGUUUGCGUUCAUUCCACUGGUAGGCAUCAUUUCAGAAAUAUUUUGAUUGAUUAGAAGAAAAGAAGAUAAUUCAAAUGGCCUUCCCCGACUUGUUACACAAGGAGCGUGACCAGAUUUUGGUACAAUCGAAUUCCCACGUGAGGACGGUGAUACUAAAUAGACCUCAGAAGCUAAAUGUCCUCUCACAUGAAAUGGUUUCUCAAUUACUGAAGAACUUCAAAGCAUUUGAGGAGGACAAUGAUGUCAAGUUGGUGAUCUUGAAGGGAAAGGGAAAAGCAUUCUGCGCUGGUGGUGAUGUUACAUCUGUCAUUCUUUCAAUCACUUAUGGUCACUGGAUUUAUGGUGCAAAAUUCUACAGCAAUCUGCUUACAUUAGAUUAUAUUUUGGCUACAUACAAAAAGCCACAGGUCUGUCUCAUUAAUGGAAUGAUUAUGGGAGGUGGAGCUGGAUUAUCCAUGAAUGGAAAGUUCCGGGUUGUCACAGAAAAUACGAUUUUUGCCAUGCCGGAGGCAUCCUUGGGACUAUUCCCUGAUGUGGGUGCAUCCUAUUUUCUAUCUCGUCUCUCAGGCUUCUUUGGGGAAUACAUAGGUCUCACUGGCACAAGACUAGACGGAGCUGAAAUGUUAGCAUGCGGCCUUGCAACUCACUUUGUCCUUUCCAUGAACUUGCCUUCGCUGGAAGAGGAAUUGAAUAAGGUGGAUUCAUCAGAUCUGACAAUUAUCUCUACCAUUAUCGAUUCAUUUUCACUAACUUCAAUUUUGAAGGAAGACAGUGUCUAUCGAAGAAUAGAUAUUAUUAAUAAAUGCUUCUCGAAAGGAACAGUGGAAGAAAUUCUAUCUGCACUAGAAUAUGAAGCUAUAAACAAAAAAGAUGACUGGAUUGGUUCAGCUGUUAAGUCAUUGAAGACAUCAUCGCCAACGAGUCUUAAAGUUUUUCUUAAAUCGAUCAGAGAAGGACGGACACAAGGCAUCGACCAAUGUUUAAUUCGAGAAUACAAAAUGGCUUGUCAUGCCGUUAGAAGAACAGUAACCGAUGAUUUAUUUGAGGGUUGUAGGGCAGCAUUGUUAGACAAAGAUAAAAAGCCUAAGUGGAAGCCUUCAAAAUUGGAAUUGGUUUGUAAAGAAAUGGUGGAUCAGUACUUCAUUGCAAUAGAUGGUGAUGAUUGGGAAGAACUACAACUUCCUAUUAGAUCAAACUCCACCAAAUUAGCUACAGCAAAGCUCUAAGGAUUCUUGCAGAUGAAAGUGAUCUGAAGUGCACAUCACCACUACCAAAGGAGGUCCAUGAAUUCAGCAAUAGAUUAUCGUAAGUGAGAAAUAUUGAAUGUGGGAUAGGUUAUUAUAGUGUUAUUGUAAGAUGGUUUAUUAUCAGAGAUAUGAAGCAUGUUUUUUAUUGUGUAUGUAACAUAUGCAUUGCACUUU